GUGGGGUGUGGGGAGGAAUUUGGCCGCUCCCCCCGCGGUCGCGCGGGGCUUCUCGGCUGCAGAGGAUGAAGCGCCUCCCGGGGCCGGUGGAGGCCGCCUGUUUGCUGUUGGUGGCUCUCGGGACGUGGGACGUGCUGUUCGUGUACGAGGAGAACCGGUGCAGUAUGACCUACAUGUUCGAGAGCCCGGAGUACCUGAGAAUCAAGCUUCCUAAGAAGAUAGCCAGUAAAUAUCCAAGUUAUGGCUUGUACCUUUACGGAGAAGGCGAUUAUGCUGAAGAAAGCAAGAAACUAAAAGUCACAGGAAUCCCUGUCCUGUUUCUUCCUGGAAAUGCUGGGAGUUAUAAACAAGUUCGUUCACUGGGAUCUGUUGCACUGAGGAAAGCUCAAAAUAUGUAUUACAAAUACCACUUCGAUUUUUUUAGCGUUGACUUUAAUGAAGAACUGGUUGCACUUUAUGGCGGUAGCCUGGAGAAGCAAACAAAGUUUGUACGUGCAUGUACAAAGGUCAUUCUUAACCUUUACAAGAGUCGAAAGGUUCCCCCUCACAGUGUUGCUAUUGUUGGUCAUUCAAUGGGUGGCAUUAUAGCUAGAGCACUGUUCACUUUACGCAACUUUGACCCAACACUGAUCAGUCUUAUUAUAACUCAAGCAACACCUCACAUUGCACCAGUCCUGCCUCUAGACAGCUACCUCACAGACUUUUACACCGCUGUAAACAGUUACUGGAUUCUCAAUGAAAAAGACUUGAGAAACGUCACCAUUCUUUCUGUGGGUGGCGGUUUCCGUGAUUAUCAAGUCCGGUCAGGUCUGACUGUUGUGCCAAGCCUGGACGCUUAUAAUCAUACUCUAAACGUUGUGACAUCAGCAGUUCCAAUGGCAUGGCUCUCGACAGAUCAUCUUUGCAUAGUUUGGUGUAAAGAACUGGUGCUGGCCACUAUCAGAGCUUUCUUUGAUCUUAUUGAUCCUCGAACACAUCAGAUAACUACUGAUCCGAGCCAGAGGAUGUCUGUUCUUCACAAUCGUUUUGUCAGCUACUCACUGAAAGCCUCUAAGAAUAAGCCCGAGUCUUCAGUCACAAUCUCAGGUUCACUUUCCAGGUGGACAGAAAUAAAAACAAACCGAUGGACUUACACCAGUCCACAGUUUUCUGCACAGGACCCCGAGGCAAAAUAUUUCCUUUUACCACUUCCAACUGAGGGAGAAUCAGAUAAUAAUCUUUAUUGUCGAAAUAUGAACUUGGACACCAGUAACUGGAUCUAUGGCUGUGGAAAGAAUAAGGAGUCGGUUUGUGCUGGGAAAUGGAACCCUUUCCCAUUUUAUGCUCUCAGUCACCGUUUCAAGCACUUCAGUGUUAGCCAAGAAGGCAUUAACUUGUCUGGGAAAUCAGAAUUGCUGCAGAUGUUUAAGAUAGUGAAGCUUAAACUGGAAGAGUAUCGUUCUUUCUCACAUUUUGUAAUUCAUAUUUCUACGACCAGUGUUAACAAACAGUUGAGUAUAGAGUGUGAAUUCUUCUCAGCGGCGUCCAGAAUGAUGUCUACACCAGUCGUGCACAUCCUCUCUUUUGGUGUUUCUGCCAGCAAAGUUGUUAUAAACUCCACCGGUUUGAUGUAUGUUGUGCAACUUCAGGAGUUUAACCAGAUAUAUCAGGCUUUUAAAAUUCAAGUGAAGAGAGAUUGCCCGUUAUCUAAAGAGAAAAAGGCUGAUAUAUACAGGUUUCAUGUACCAUGGUCUCAUGAAGAUUCUGUCAUAAUGACAAGUGGACCGUCUUUCACAGUGAUCUCUGCCAAACUGCAGAGAGCAAGACCUGCAAAUGACACCUCUGUACCAGAACUACAGCUUCACACAUCUGCCGGCUGCCAAUAUAAGAUAACGAUUAGGACAUCUGUCUUUGAAGUACUGGGACAGUUAUUCCGUUUCCACGGUGUAUAUCUUCCCAUGUAUGUUGUUGCAAACAUCCUGUUAGCAUAUGGAGGACAGUUAUUCCAUCUUCAUAAUAAAGGUCAUUGUUUGGAUUUCAAUGUUGUCUUAAAACAUUCAGCAAAACCAUAUAAAGUUAUUCCUUUUGUCCAUCUUUUUGUUUUUCUUUUACGAUACGAUUGGUUUAAAGACAUAUGGGCUGUCCUUUCGCUGCCUGAACUUGACGCGGUUAUUUUGACUAAACAAGACAUCUAUUUCCCAUUAGUUUCGUUUCUGUUUUUCUUCUUUGGGACAGCGAUUGCCUAUUGGAGUGGAAUACUCUUUCAUUUAUUGCUUAAGCAUGCCUCCUCCUUCUGGUCAGUCUUUUGUAGGUCUCUUGUUAUCACAAAGGAACCCAAACCCAGACUCCUAAAUCUUUGCAGUUUCAGUAUUAAGAUCCUCCUGCUGUUUAUCAGCUGGACAACCUGUGGUGCUCUGGCUCUCAUCCUUACUUACUUCCUUUACUUUUUUAAGGUUCUGAGUCUUCAGGCUUCAUUGGAAACACUGAAAGGUAUUCUUAAUUUGGCACCCAUGCAGGAAGCCACGAAGAAAACCCAUUUAGAUUCCUCUACAACAAAGGAAGCCAGGGAUUCUCCAGCAGCUGAGGGUCUUUCAAAAGAAAAGGACCAUUCGAACUCAGCUGGCGAUAAAUUUCUUUCAGCCUCAGCCAUCGACGAAGCAUCAGAUACUCUUCAAAUUCACAUCACAGUACUGCAUUUAUUAAACUGGAUUAUUCUACUCAGUGCACCUUCAUUUAUUUACUGGCUAAAAAAUCUCAGGUAUUCCAGGAGGCUGGAUCCCGACCCUUAUGGCUCUGUGGCAAUUAUUGCUGUGUUAACAACCGGAGUUCUCAUUAAUUCGCAGGCAGCUUCAGUCAAGAAAAGUAAACUCCUGAAGCACGCAGCAAGACUACAGCUCCUCCUUCCCAUUCCCAUGGCGGCCUUUGGAUUGGUGCACCUGUACAGAGUUCCUUACUUUGUUACAUGUUCAUUAGUUUUACAUGCACUUUGUUGCCUCGGGUAAACAGAUAUAAAAUGUUUUAUAUAUACCUACCACGAUAGGUACACAGUGGUGCUAACAUAAAUGUGUUCACUUAUUGAUGUGCCUCAGCUCAGCAAUUAUGUGAAUCGGCGGUUAGCGUAUCUCUUAUCGCAGGAUGUGGAAAAUAACUAUUGCAAAAGGACGUUCUUGACGCGAGGCGCCUCUUAAAAAGUCCCGUUACUUUGAGAAGUUAAGAAGCUAAUUGACCAGAAGCUUCACGUACAUGUCUGCAAACUUUUAUUGUGCUUGUAAUGUAUUAAAAAUGCAGGGUAUUCUGUUUCUUGAUGUUUUAAUGAGUUAGCACUUUGCGGACAUUGGUCUGAAUUGGAUUUCAUUGGUCCCAUCCCCCUGGGUAUUUCCUCUGCCCAUUAAAAACAUUUUUGGGGUUUAAGAAUUGCCCAUUUUAAGGAUUAUGCGCAACAAUGUUGGCCAGAAUCAGAUUUUUAAGGAGUUUGUUUAUUCUACGAUUUUCUAUAUUUUCAUCUGCGCUUGAGAAUCAAUCCAAAAAAAAGUUGUUUGAAACGUUCAGUAUGUUCUCUCAAAGGUGCCUGAGUGGAAACGGAUAUAGAACAUCUUGUCUAUAGGUAACGUAUAUUUUCAGGUACAGAGUGUUCAACACAGAUCAAAGUCCUAAAAGUCCUUGAAGUUCAGUUCAACUCAAGAGAAUAUUAAUAGAAAUAAGUGGGAUUGGUGGUUGGUCAUAUUAAAAAAAUGACUGUGGCCUAAUUUUUAUUGUUAAAGAGAAAAUGUGUUGCGGGGAGGGGGGUGUACAGGGAAUUUGAAGAAGGAGAAAGAAGAAUUUUAAAAAGAGAUAAUAUUAGCGGAAGAUGCUUUCGGGUGGGUUAUGGUUACCAGCUUUCGUAGAUUGAUCAUAAAGAAUUUCCCUAGGAUCCAAGGGUGCAAAGAUCACAGUUCACAAAUUAUCUUCCUCACCGGCAAUGGGAUGAGAAAGCUUCAUUCUGAGGGGAGGGGAAGUAUUUGAAGUAAAUGUUACAUAAGAUAUUAUUGCACUAAUUGUUUCCCAGUUUGAGGGCCUUAAAUCGAAUAUUAGAUUCCACAGAUUGAGCAUGGGAUUCUCAAUGGACUUGUGAUGUCAGAAUAUUCUGUUUUACACUACUUUCCAAAACCUGUGGUUGAGAUUGGUAACUCGCAGAAUCUCAGGUUUGUAUGUAACUCUGACCCCCUGCCCUGUUGAAACCUAAUCUCCUGUUUACUUAAUCUCCAUACCUUCUCCCAUAAUCUUUUUGAAAAUAAUUUUGAAUAUGUUCUGCUCUCGUUUUUAAUGCACAAGAUACCAUUCAUCCCAAGGGAUGUUCUUGUAAUAACUGGCACAUCCUCAUUGCAAAAGGUUGGAAUAUUUAACAACACCGCCUUGUUUGUAAAAUGGCACUUCACAUAAGUGGAAGUUAAAGCUAAUGCCCUCCUGUUUUGAACCUAUGUAUUACCAGGAGAAACUUAGGAGAAAACUGGGGUUCAUGAUCUCUGAAAGCCUGCAGCUGACUCUUGCACCAAAGAAUCAGUAAUUUAAGUGACCAAAUAUCUGCAGGAUUAAAAUGAGUGCAAGUUUACAUUGGCUUCAAUCAUAAUAUCACUGUUGUGACUUAUUAAGACACGUUUUGCUGUGAAAAAUGUUCAAUGUUAAUCUGUUGAUUUUUGUUUCAAUUUGAAGGAAUAUUUGUGAAAUCCAGGCAAUUAUAAAACACUAUUUUAUACCUGUUCAGUGAUGCAAGCUGUACUGGUUUUAGAACAAAGUUGUGAGUUAUUUCGUGUUUGAAAGGUUUCUACAGUGUCAAGAUAUAAAGUUUUCAACUGAAAUGGUUUGUGUGUUGAUGGUUGGUGGUGGUGGUAGUGUAUUUAACCAAAAAGUCUGUAAUGUAAUUUUUAUUUCUAUAAUUAAAGCACAUUCUAUGAAGCAUA